AUGAUUUUUCAUAAAUUUCACUCAUAUUGCAGUAAAAUUAAUUUUUUAAUACCCACCAGUAGUUUUUACUUGAGAUUCUCCACCAUGUCACUCCAUCAGAGCCGCUUAUCCUCUCUAGUAAAUCUCUUAACUGAGAAGAAACUUGACUCUUUCAUAGUUGAUAGAGUUGAUCCACAUAACACAGAAGUCCCACAUUCCACCUUUGAUAGACUUUCCUUCAUUUCAGGGUUCACUGGUAGCUAUGGGUUUGCCCUCGUUACACAUGAUCAGUGUUAUUUAUGGACAGAUUCCAGAUACUUUAUACAAGCUGAAAGGCAGUUAUCAAAACCAUGGGUCCUAAUGAAGUUGCUUGAGAAGGAUGUCCCAUCAUUAACUGAGUUUCUAUCCUCAACCAAAGAAAGUAAGUUUCCACUAAUAUAUUUCAUUUCAGUCAAAACUGUCGGAUUUGAUUUAUACUCGACAACAUACAAAUCCUACGAAAAUAUGUUGAAAAAAGCCCCCGAGAAGGAAUUUGUAGGAUUAACUGAAAACCCAGUUGAUGUUGUUUGGGGCAAGGAAAGGCCGCCUUUCCCAUUAAAUCCACUGAAGUUACACCCGCUAAAAUAUUCUGGAGUUUCCGUUUCAGACAAACUCGUUGAGGUUCGGAAGGAGAUGACGACAAAUAAAGUCAAUGUCUUGGCUCUAACGAACUUGGACGAAGUUGCGUACAUGCUGAAUUUGCGUGGUUCGGACGUCGAAACUUCACCGCUUUUCUACUCAUACCUAGUAGUUGAAAUGGACAAAAUUAUCCUUUUUGUGGAUCAUCGGAAGUUAAAUGAAGAAGUCACGUCAUACCUAAAGUCAUUAUCAGUUGAAACAAGGGAUUAUAAUGAUGUUUUUUCCUAUCUUGAAACUGUUGGUACUGAUCAGAAAGGAUCUGCUGGAACUGGUGACCCGGUACCCGCGUUUAAGAUGUGGUCUUCUACAUUUUCUUCAGUUCACCUAUGUAAUUCAUUUUUGAAGCACAAUAGUGAUUCUACGCCAAGAGAGUUAUUUUUAGAGACAACACCAGUCUGCGAUUUAAAGGCAUGUAAAAAUGAAACUGAGCUCAAGUGUAUGGCGGAAGCCCAUAUAGCAGAUGGAAUUGCAAUGGCUAAGUUUUUCGCAACAGUUUACGAAAUGAAAGAAAAUGGAACAUUGUUUGAUAAGGACGAAUAUGAACUGGGUCAAUUGAGCAGUGAAUGCAGAUUCGAGCAGGAGAAUAAUGUUGGAUUAUCGUUCGAGCCUAUAUCUUCAAUAUCAGAAAACGGAGCAGUUGUGCACUAUAGAGCUCUAAAGGAAUCCUGUUCUAAGAUUGGUCCACACAUGUAUUUACUGGAUUCCGGAGGUCAAUAUCUCACUGGAACGACUGACGUUACAAGAACUGUUCACUUUGGAACUCCAACUGAAGAGGAAAAGUUAGCCUACACACUCGUACUUAAGGGACAUCUUGCGUUGAGACAUGCCAAAUUUCCAGAAGGUACACCAGGCGAGUCUUUGGAUGUCUUGGCAAAAUUACCGCUCUGGGAAAGAGGAAUGAACUAUUACCACGGAACUGGACACGGAGUUGGCUCGUACCUAAACGUGCACGAAGGACCCUGUAACAUAACUUCACUAUAUAAACCAAGAAUUGGGAAACCAAACAUUGUGUAUUUGAAGCCAGGGAUGGUACUCUCGAAUGAGCCGGGCUUUUACGAGGCCGGGAAGUUUGGAGUACGAAUUGAAAACAUGUUUUACGUUAAGGAACUAGACGAUAAGUUCUCGAAAGAUAACCGUAAAUUCUAUGAAUUCGACGAUUUAACACUUGUUCCAUACUGUAAAGAUUUAAUGGACCAUUCAUUACUCACCAAACAGGAGGUUGAAUGGGUGAACGAAUACCAUAAGAGAAUAUCAGACACACUAGUUCCAUUGAUGUCGUCCCGACCAGGGUAUGAAAAGGCAGUUGAGUUUUUAAAAAAGUCUGCACAACCCUUAACACACAAUACAAAAUAA